AUGCCUACUCCAACCACAAAGGCCUUUCGUGUCGGCAUCAUCUGCGGUAGUCAACGCAAACCCCGAUGCGGAGACCAAAUUUCACACUUCGUCCUUGAAACCGUCCGAAACCAUUCAAAAUCUACAAAUCCCGACCUACAAAAUGACUUGUUCGAUUUUGACUUCAUCGACAUCCAUGAGCUAGACCUCCCCUUCUACGAUGAACCAGGGAUCCCCUCCAAAAUCACACCACCGGAGGGCUACACUCACGAACACACUCGCAAGUGGUCACAAAGAAUAUCUCCACUAGACGCCUUUAUCUUUGUCACCCCUCAAUACAACUGGGGAUAUCCAGCGGGUCUCAAGAAUGCAAUUGACUACCUCUUCCACGAAUGGAACGGUAAGCCAGCCGUUAUCGUCAGUUACGGUGGCCAUGGAGGCGACAAAGCUGCUGCGGCCCUGAGCGUCUGUUUGGCUGGUGGUCUUGAUAUGCAGGUCGGUGAUAAGAUGGUUGUCAAUCUUAGUUUCCCGAAUCGGGAUGCGCUGUAUGCUGCAGCGCAGGGGAAGGAUUUGGGGUUGGAUGCGAGGCAGAAGGGUGGGGUUUGGAGUAAGGAGAGGCAGUAUAUUACGGGUGCUUGGAAUCAGAUGGUUGGGAUGCUUCUUUGA